CGACACUACUAGAAAGCCCUGUGUGAAUACUCAAACUGCUUACUACUCUUACCUCCCAGUAACAUUGCAAUGAGACGAGAUGUCCAAGAGGGCCAGGCUCGGUGUUUAUUUCACUUAGGAAGGCACAAGGAGGCUCUGGAUAUUGCAGAAAAAAUGAGAAAUGGCGCUACUAACACAGAUCACUUAACGACGGUUCUCAACCUGCAGUUUGCCAUUUACCAGGGUCUGGAAAAUGUAGAAAAAAAGAUCACCUGUCUUCAGCAACUGAUCUGCUUACAUCCUUUCAACCCUUGGUACUGGAAGUUACUUGCUGAAGCUUAUAUGAGCCUUUUACAGAGUUUGUCUCUGUUAGUCAUUCCAGAAACAAAUCUAAAACAGUCUGAAGAGGUUAAUGUAAGUGAUAAUAGUUUCAAAACAUCAACUGGAAGAGAGAUUGAUUUGCAGCGUCACAAAUCAGACAGCCAGAAAGAGGGCCUUUGGUCCAGCCUUGCUUCAGAAACAAAGAGAGAGAAUGGAGUGAUUUGUAGCGGCAGCUGCCAAGCUGUAAAAGAAUUCCUCUGCACUUUGGAAGAACCGGAAAGGAUGGAUGAAGGGAAAUGCGCAGCCUCUGAGUCCUGGGAGCAGAACACAUCAAAGAAAGUUGGGAUAAAGGCAUGUGCCUCUUUUAUUAGAGCAAGGCUUUUACUUCAGCUUACCCAGUCGCAACAGUCAUCCUUUGCACUGGAGAAUAACAUAAAAGGUCAAAAAGAAAUUGAUGACAAAGUGGCACAACUUGGUUUUGACGAAAACUCCUUGCUGUUGGUGACCAAGGUUAUGGGGCAGGAUCUUAUACCAGAAAAACUAAAAGAGGAAUUUCAGGGUGAGGUAAAAUGCAUAGGCCCUUCAGCGCUGUUGUCAUUGGUAACUGCAUCAGCCACAGAAUUUGAAAUCAAAUGGUUCGGUAAUGUCCAAGAUGACUUAUGUCACUUUGACAGACAAUUCUGUUAA